AUGGAGCAAGAAUUCUCUAAGGGCAGGAUAGCAGUUGGUAUUGGAACUGGAACUACUAUCGAGAGAUACAUAGAGGCACUGUAUGAUGAUAUCGUAUACGUUCCUUCAAGCAUCCAGACGGCAUUGGUUCUUAGUGAAAAGGGCUUUGUGGUGUCAAAUCCCUUGGCUCAUGAAGCCUUGGACUUGUACAUAGACGGAGCGGACUAUUUUGACAAAAAUGGAAACGUGAUUAAAGGAGGAGGAGGAGCCUUGACUACAGAAAAGCUACUUCACUCCAUGGCCAAGGAGACCAUCAUAAUAGUUCAGAGACAUAAGUACAAAGAAAGAUUCGAUGGCUGCCUUGUUCCUAUUGAAAUUAUUCCAACAUCUAUUAUGAAGUUUAUUUCAGUUCUCAGAGAAUACAGACUAAAAUACUGGCUGAGGAGAUCCACCGGGAAGGUGGGGCCACUAAUUACUGACUUGGGAAAUUGCAUAGUUGAUGUAGAGUACGACUUAGACUUUAUAUCCGAAUGUAAGGGCAUCUGCGGUGUUGUUGAGCACGGAUUGUUUAUGUCUAAUGGAAGUACAAUGAUUGUAGAGGAAUAUAGAGAAUAG